CGUCUUUGGUCAAUCUGGUGUUCUUGGAAACCCUGAAUUUGCAAACCAUAAAUAAGUUUUCUUGGGAAUCAACUGUACAAUUGCCAGAUGUAUUAUGGAAGAUGGUGUGGUUGAGACAUCUAUAUCUUCCAAAGUGGUGGUGAUGUAACUGAUAAGUUGCAGCUGGCAAGUCUAACAAAUGUGAUGUUAAAGAUCUUCUCAGGUUGACCAAUCUCAGGAAACUUGUGCUGAAUGAUGCCAGAUACUUCGGAAACUUUGUCAGAUUCUUUGAUCCUCUAAGAAGCACAUUAAACUUCCUCAUGUCCUUGUCUUUAAAGACUGAUAUUCUCUCCUUUCCUGGUAAGGUUGUUGAUAUAAGGCAGCUAUUAUUAGUCUAUCCUCGUCUUUGCAAGCUGCACAUAGAAGGGCGGAUAGAGAACCUACCUCAGUACCAUUAGUUCCCUCCCUACCUUGCCAAGUUAACUUUGUGGGGACCUAGGCUUUAGGAAGACCCAAUGAAGACUCUGGGAAGCUGCCAAACUUAAGAUACUUUAACGGGUGGGAAGUGUUUGUCAGAAAGAAAAUGGUUUGCUCAAGAAAAGGUUUUCCCCAACUCAAGACCUUGCUCCUUCGUGGCCUUCCCAAUUUAGAGGAGGGGACAGUGGAGGAAGGAGCCAUGCCUAGUCUGGUUCGUCUAGGAAUUUCAGAUUGCUAUAAACUAAAGGUGUUUCCUGAAGGUUUGAUGUUCAUCACUACUCUUAAGGAACUGGAGAUUAGAUGGAUGACUAGAGCAUUCAAAGGUCUCCUUCAAGAAGAUGGAAAGGAUUUCUACAAAAUCCCGCACAUGCCUUCUAUUGUAUUUCUAAAUUGAGAAGGGUGAUCGUCAAGUAAAAAAGUGGUCCUAGUAGAGUUACUGUAGACUUUCAUGUUUAAUAUUUUUGUUUGCUUAGUAUUACUUACAAUUUUUUGGCAUUUGGCUAAAAUAUGUGCUUAAAAGUUGUAACUUGUAACUGCACCUGCUGCUAAUAACAUGCUCAAAUAUUU